CUUUCAAGUGCUUGCUUAACACCACCAGCAUCAGAGGCACCAACUACAGUGGAUGGAAAUGACACAACUGUGAGACAAAAUGGGGCUUCCAUGGGUCACCUGUCUGUCCUUGACUCAACAGUUUUCACAGAUCUACACUCAAAACAGCUGCCAGCUAGAACAAAGUUUUAUGAGUUCUACAAUGCUCCUAUUAGCAAAUUUUGGGCUCAUUCUAUGGCAUAUGUAUUCUUCCUGUGCUUAUUUACCUAUCUUGUGCUAGUUAAAUUGCCAAAACAGCCACAGUGGAUGGAAUGGUAUGUUGUUGCUUACAUCUCCACACUUCUACUGGAGAAGAUCAGAGAGAUACUGUCUACAGAACCAGUUGAACUCAAGCAAAAAAUAGCAGUAUGGUCCGACAAACUCUGGAAUGUCUUUGACCUCAUAUUUACAGUACUCUUCUUAAUUGGCCUGUGUUUAAGGCUCCAAGAACAAACCAUGCAAGCUGGACGUGUUAUUUACUGCGUUGACAUAAUAUACUGGUACUUAAGAGUUCUAGAGAUUUUGUCAGCUAAUAAAUACCUGGGUCCGCUAGUGAUGAUGAUGGGGAAGAUGAUAAAAAACAUGGCAUAUUUUGUGGUGUUAUUGCUGGUUGUCCUUAUGGCUUUUGGAGUGUGUCGGCAAAGCAUACUGUUUCCAAAUGAGGAACCACAUUGGAGAUUGGCAAGACAUAUAUUUUAUCAGCCAUACUUCAUGCUCUAUGGUGAAGUAUUUGCCGGUGACAUUGACCCCGAGUGCGGUGGCGAGGGCCAAAUCCCUUGCCAUCCUGGACGUUGGAUCACUCCCACCGUCAUGUCCAUGUACCUCCUGGUGGCUAACAUCCUCCUCAUUAAUCUCCUCAUUGCUGUAUUUAAUAACAUUUUCACUUCAGUCAAUGCCAUCUCUCAUCAAGUCUGGAUGUUUCAACGAUUUCAGGUUGUGAUGGAAUUUGAAGAGAAGCCAGUGUUCCCACCUCCCCUCAUCAUUCUGUCUCACAUUCAUCGUGCCAUUAAGUAUUGCUUCAGGCGAUGGAAAGGAAAGCCUUUCCUCUAUGAUAAUGGCCUUAAGUUAUUUCUCGAUGGUGAAAGUCUAGAGCGAGUCCAUGAUUUUGAAGAAGAGUGUGUGGAUGGCUAUAACAGAGAAAAGGAGCAGAAAGAACAGAUGAGUACAGAGGAACGAGUUCGUGUGAUGGCAGAACGAUCAGAAUCAUUGAUGCAGAGAGUGGAAGACAUGCAUGGCAAAUUUCUAGCAGCAAUGAGCUCUUUAAACAGCCUUGAUUUCCAUGUUAAGAGGCUGGAAGAAAUAGCUGAACAAACAAAAAAUAGUUAUGCUGUUGUCCAUCGUUUUAUGCUGAGCCAUGUUGGCAGACCAAGAAGAUCAAGCUCUCCCCGCUCAGGUUCUGCCAGUCCACGUUCUGAUGGGGGAACUCCCCGUUCUCUCUCUCAGACAAGUCUUCAUCAGUUAUUAGAAGAAGCAGAACGUCAGAUGCUAAGGAAACCUCUUCAAGAACCAGAAACUAGUGACAAAGAACAGAGUGAUACCACAGAUGCUGAGCAUGAGACAUCAAAUAAGUUCUUGAAGUCUUCCCCUACUGCUCAAAGUUCAAGAGAACCUGGGAAAUCAACCACAGUGGAUGAAGGAAUAGUGAGAGGCUUCAGUUUAGAUCCAGUCAAUAUUUCAGCAGAAGCAAGAAAAGUAAAAACACAAGGUCGACGCAAGAAUAGAUUGGACUCUGAAUCAGGUAGUUCUCUUGGCCGUGCAUCUCGUGAGCGUAAGCUUUCUGGAGAAAGGAAGAGCAGUAUCCGUAAAUCUUCAAGGAAGGGCUCAGAUGGGGCAAGGGCGUUUAGUCCAUCUAGGGUAUGUUUUAUGGAUAUUAAUGUUGCAUUAGAAGAUUCUGAUUCUGGAGAAGUAGAGGUUAAAGAGAAAAAUCUUAAUGAAGAAGAUGAGCAACCAAGGUAUGGUAGAUCAGUAUCAGUUCCAGAUGAGGUAGCAGUUCGCUCUCCAACUAGAUAUGAGAGGAGUCUUUCUUCUGUUUCAAGCCGACCAAGGAUUCAGGUGAUACCACCAUCGUCACCACCCCCCAUCUUUACUUUUACUAGUGAGUACACAAGUUUGGCAGAUGAGUUGGAGACAGCAUGCAUGGCUAGACUGUCUCCACCUUCUUCUCCAAACCUCCAUUAUCCUCAUAGAAGUGAUCCCCAUUCAAGGCGACGGCACUUCUCAGAAUCUGCUAGUAUUUCCAUUACUAUCUGCCCUAAUCCUCUCCGUGAUGCUGAAGAAGCAGAUUAUCAGCUUAUGGAAGGACUAAUUCAGAGAAGAAUGCAUAGAGAUUCAGAAAACUUGGCUGUUUCACUGGAGGACCUCUGUUCAGUACAAACAGACAUGUCUGACAAUGAAGAAGGAGUGACUCCAAUACGUUCCCGCCGCGGUUCAAGAGCAGCAGAACUUCGAAAAAGACAUAGCACAAGUAGCCUUGACAAUGCCCCUUCACAACUACUAGCUGUGCCUGGGGCAGUUCAAAUGGCAACCUCUUACACAAUAUCCCCAACAACUCUUCAAGCAGCACUUCGAGGAGAAGAUGGUGUCCGCCUGGCAUCCUCAACCCCUGGUACUCCAGGUGCACGUCGAUCUUCACUAAGAGGAGAUCUGCAUCACCAGUGGGCUUCCUCAAGUGCUUUGCCAGCAACUGGAGGAUGGCUUUCACCAAGAAUUCCCCGUCCACGAACUCCACCAUUCAUACAUCCUGAUAAUCCAGCAUCAUCCUCUGUUGAUGGUGAGGGUGCCAGAAAUGUUUCACAAGGUGAAGAACAUCCUCACAUGUCAACUCUACAAGUGCCAAGCAUUAGAGAAUCUGAAGGUAGGCCAAGGGACACAAUUACAGAAACAGAAUGUUAAGAUACAUGGCAUAUUCAGUGGAAAGGCUAGUCAAGAAAAAAGAAAUGUGCUCAUACUUCAAUGGUGAAAAUUACUUCUGAAAUUGAGAAUACUAAGAAAAGCAUGUUGUCAAGUGUAUGUGUGACGUGUGUAUGUGUAGAGUGCAAGUAUUUGAACAUGUAUGCAUUUGAAAUCAUAUAUUCACACAGUCAUUUCUUUGUUAUGACACCUAAGGAGUUUUUAGAAAUGGAAAAUAAAUUUGUUGAUAUAGAGAAUAUAUUUGUGCUACUCCUUUGUUAUCCCAGUUGUUGGACUUCAUUAUCCACCCUAGUGUCUCUCACUCUUAGGAAAGGGAAUAUGGCAUUGUAUACAGACGAUAUACUGUAGAGGAUGAAUAAAACAUCUUGUGCAGACUUCAGUGCCAUUUUGCUGCAUUUUCAAUUUCACCUCGUAGGACAGUAUUUACAGCUUACUAAAAGUUUACUUUAAUUGGGAAGUGUAAAAUUAAAGGUUAUGUUUUGAUAAGUUAUUGUUAUCACUAAAUAACCAUCAAAUUGAGAAUAAAGUAUUCAUUCAGUAGCAUAAUCUGAUUUUUACAAAAAACCCUGCUGCCUGUGUGCUGCUUUGUUUUAUUCAUCUGUCUGUGGUUACUAAGGUUACCUUGCUGCUGUAUGAAUUUAAACAUUCCUUAAUGUUUUUGUAAUUGUUUUGUGUUGAUUCUCUUGUCAAGAGUGUUUACAUUAUAAAUAUUUUUUAGGUAUUCUCCCUUCUUUAUCUGUUAUGCAGUUAAAAUCUGCUCACUGUUUGUUGAUCAUGUUAUGGGGACACUUUUGCAAGGAAAAAAAUCAACAAAGUUCAUGAAGAGCACAAGUAAUUGUUAUGUUGAUAUCUGGUGGCAUUCAGAUUUGCAGACCUCCAAGCUGCUAAAAGCUAUUCCUUCUAGACUAAGGAGAUGAUUCUUCAUAGUAGAAUAAGGACAAGCAUAGAAGCUAUGUCUUUGCAAUCUCUGUUCAGGGUAUCCAAGGACGGACAUGUCUUGUGUGCUGCCAUAGAGGCCUGUUCAUUCAGUUAAGUGGCAAUGUCUGUAUGUGCUAUAGGUGAGUGUGGAUAAGCCAGUAGGUAAAUAAACUGAUGUUGUGCCACUGUAUAGAAUAUGGGAAUAACCACUUGAGAGGUACUGUCAUACUCCAGUUUGGCUGUGGCUAUUUUUAUGGUAUAUUUAUUUAUCUCAUAUUUAUUCCUCAUUUGGUAUGCUGUAUGUACCUGCCUGGAGGUCUUAGACUUCUGUUUUCUUAACAUUAUAUAAUUGUUUACCUCUAUUUAGCAGUUACACAAGUUAUAACAACAGCAUUUCACACACAUGACAAAUCCUUAUUCAGUGUUAUACUGAGUUUUUUCUUUUCUUUUCCUAUUUUUCUUGUUCUCUUUCUCAUUCUUUUAUAUUUUGGAAAUUAGCUGAAACAAACACAUUUUCAGGGUUAUUAGUGCUGUACACUGGUCACCCUUGGUCCAUUAUGAUUUAACUGUUUUGAAAGUAGGAUGUUACAAGGCAGUUAACUCUGUAUGUUAAUAUUUAAAAUAGAGUAAUGAAUAUGGUUGUUAGUUUAUAUGGCUUUUCCAUUAUGUAAUUACCUACACCAGUAGUUUAAAAUGAUUGAAUCUUCCAGCUCAUUUAUUUGUCUCAUUGUUACUGCUUCUCUUACAUGCUGGGAUGUGGUCUUUUAUAGUUGUUUGUUGUUUCCGGGAUCUUUAACUAGGAAAGCCAUUUAUUUUUAUCCACAUUAUUUAACAUUAAAAAAAGGGAAAUAUUUUUGUAAUGUAACUUCAGUUGAUGUUCAGUAACAUCAUUUUUAAAAAUCAUGAAAAAAACAUUUUGCUAUUAGAUACUGGAUUCCACUUUGUAUGUGUUAGCUCAUUUCAGUGUGAUACCAUAGGCAACAACUAUCACAGCCCAGACUUAAGGAAUAAUACACAAAUGCAUGCUCACAUUUCACACAAAUGUACACAUGUAUAUGCACACACAACCACACACACCCACACACACACAGAAAGAGGAAAAAUGUAUUAUGUGUGGAUGUACAUAUAAUAUCAACUAUAAUCAGAAACAAUCAAAUGUAUAUUUAUAUUGAGCAUGUUCAUAGACAAACAUAAAGGCAUACUUAACAGGAUCUACAUGCCUUUUUAUAUCAUGUAUUGUUGUCCACAGUUCUAGUCAAUCUUCCAGGUCACAUUUCAUAUGAACUGCUGUUAUGUCUUUAAAAAACACUAAUUUGAUAUGUUUUAACUUUAUGCAUGUUGCCUUUUAUUUAAAAAGACAAGUAACUUUGGAAACAAAGGGAGGUAAUAUUUUGUUUUCAAUUAUCACAAUAUUAUUGCACUGUUAAUUCAAUCACUAGUAUUUUUAGAAUGUAUGAUCUAUAAUCAUCUUUUAUUGUAUUUGGUUGACUAUUAUUUUUUUCUUCUUACAAACCUCAUUCUAAUUUUCAAUUUAGCCAUAUGAUAAUGAUGCCAUAAAGUGAAACAAAGUAUUCUCUUGUUAUUUUGCACCAUAUUUUUAAAUUUUGAAAUGCAGUUAAAGAUGAUAUAUUUGUAAAUAGCCAUUAUAAUAGCCUACCUAAGAAUAAUACGGAUUCCAUGCAGUGCACACCUGUAUACUAGAAAUUAAUAGUGUUGUGUACAGAUUAUCAAAAUAUACUACAGACCAUCCUGUUUCUCCAGUUGUACAUAAAUGUAUUAAGUCCUUAUUAAAAACUUGUUGAUUUUUAUAGAUGAAAAUUGUAUCAUACCUCAAAUCAAAAUUGUUAUUGUUAAUGGGGGAUCACAAACUUUGACGUUAUUUUGCAGAUUGUGAUUUAUGUCUGACAACUUAAUUGGUAUGGAGGAAUAAUUAAUCUGGGUUUUAUUUGUAAACCUAAAUUAUUUGAGAAUAUUUGCAUUUCUCUAUCCCUGGCUGGGUAAACGCUUGUAAUAUUGUGUAUUGAUAAGAAUUUUUGAUGUAAUCAUGAAAACUCAUUUUUGUAACACUCAUGUUAAUGAAUUUUACAUCUGAAAAGAUGAGACGUAAAAAGAUGACUUUCAUUAUUAAAAAUCAAGCAAUAAUGUUUACUGUUAACUUGUUGAAUUUUUACUAGUUAAUUUUGGUGGUAAGAUUUACUAUUCAGAAUAAAUACCACCAUAUGCUGUAGAAGGUGAUCAUCAGUGUUCAUUAAAUCUCCAAUGUAUGUACAGCUUAGUUACUUCAGUUCAUGCUUUAAAGUAAAUCCUUGUUAGGGACUGUGAAGAAUAAAGAUAUUACAUAAUA